AUGAUUGAUUUUAGUAUUAAUUAUCUAGUGAACUAUCAACUAAUUGAAGAGGACGCUGGUAGACCGCACGGCUUCAGGCUGCAGCGCGGUGGCGUGAACUAUCAACUAACUGGAGAGGACACUGGUAGACCGCACGGCUUCAGGCUGCAGCGCGGUGGCGGUACACGACUGCAGUUGGCGGCGGACACUUCGGAAGCGGCCGCUAGGUGGCGCGCGGUGCUGGCUCAUGCUAUUGAUGCUAGCAAUCAGCGAGACGGCUGGCUCGAAGUGACCAUGCGGAAUAUGAAACUGCCUCCAUCCUCCAUACCGAGGCCUGACUGCUUCGGAUAUCUGAUGAAACUUGGGUCCAAGUGGAAGUCCUGGGCCAAGCGCUACUGUGUGCUGAAGGACGCCUGCCUCUACUUCUAUAAUGAUGGGAACAGCAAGAGCGCUUUUGGCAUGGCGUGCCUCCACGGGUACAGGAUACAGACGUGCGCGCCGGGCGGCAAGAAGUUCGCGUUCGAAGUGAUGCCCACAGAACCCAAGCAGCGACACUUCUACUUCCACACGGAGUCUGAAAUGGACAAGAAACGAUGGAUGGCAGCGUUGGAAUACUCCAUAGACCGGUGGAUGAAGGCCGGUUGACGACGACAUUCUGGUGUCUAAAGAACUAUACGAUUAAUAAUAAUGGAUCAUUAAAUUUA